CCAUAAUUCCAUUCGACAGGACCAGCGACUUCUGGGUCAUACGUGCUUGUUGAGUAGAGUUCCCCGCCUUUUGAAUACAACCCCUUCAUAACAAUACAACCGAAGUCUUGUAGAUUGACAUUCUAAAGCGUAUUUAUCAGUGAAUAUGUUGCUGGACUAUUGUUGGCUAUCUAUAUUUUAAAAGAAACAGUUGACAGUCAUGUUGCUGCCAUCAGACGUAGCUCGUCUGGUUCUGGGCUACCUUCAGGAGGAAGGUCUGUCCGAUACAAGCCUAGCGUUUAUCCAGGAGAGCCCAAACCUAAAAGAAUAUGCAGAACAUACAAUGGGAGAUGGGGCUGUACCUGCUUGUGUUUUUUCUAUUUUUGGAAAGGGACUAACUACCAUAUUAAAUGAGUAUAUGGCUGCCAAAACAAAAGAGACGUGCAGUGAAGUACCUGCUGUGAUGACAUCAUUGUGGAAAAAGCUGGAUUUCACACUCAAACAAAUAAAGUCCUUGCAGAGUUCUCCAGCAGUAUCAGCAAGCCAGAGGGCACGUUCCCGUGUUGGACUGGCAAACCUGGCGAGACAGCGUGUAUUGAGCAUGACUUCAGGAAGCAGUGUGGUCUGCUCCUCCAUCUCUGAAACAACCUUAGUCAACAGCCCUGCACUCGUCUCGCCGUGUAUUCCCAGCCAUUCCACACCUUUGAGCUACUCUGCUCCUCAAAUCAGAGCACCUUCAGUCAGCGCCCCACCCAACCAGUUCCACGAUGGCAGCCGAUCACUCAAUACACAGAGAGAUACACCAGUACAGAUAAUAGUUACAGAACAGCGACUAAAUCCAGGACCCAUGUCCCCAGGGCGACGGAAAUGGGACACUCCUAGAAAAAGGAGCAGUGGUGUGGGAGGCUCCAGUGGUUCUGCCAAGUCCAGUGUGCCUGCCAGCAAUGUCACUGCUGAACCACAAGCCGAGGAAGCCGUCGAUGAGAACUUCCCUCAACUAGUGAUACAAAAUGCACGUGACAAGAUAUUGGGAGACCGAUCGUUACAAGAAAAGCUUGCUGAGAACAUUAACAAAAUUCUUGCAAACGAGCCAACACCCCAAACACCAAAGGCCCCAUCAAGUUCGGUGGAAGACGACCAGUCGAUCGAUGAAAUUCUUGGAUUGCAGGGAGAAAUACAUAUGAGUGAUGAUGCAAUCCACGACAUUUUGGAGCAAACAGAAUCUGACCCUGCUUUUCAAGCCCUGUUUGACCUCUUUGACUAUAAUAAAAGCAGAACUGAUGGAGAACCAGAAGAUGUAGAUAUGAGCAAUGCCCCAGAGGAGAAUGAUACAGCUGGACCACCUCCGUCCACAGUUGGACAACUACCGGGUAAUACCGGUCCGGAUACCACGGAGCAAGAAACCUCAUUUUUAACACCGGUAACAUUGAAGAACAAAGCUGUGCAAGAACGCAAAACUAGAAAACCGCCGACUCUCAUGAAGAAGACUGUGCUCGGCUCCAGCAGCAGGUCAUCCCGACUCGAAAACAGCUCUGCGAGACUGCUAAUUACUCACGAAGAGCAUUGUGACGACUUCUCGUCUACCCUGAGUGAAAACAGAAAAGAAAAAGCUUCAACAUUUCCUCACACGUUUACUCCAUCACCAUUGGAUAUUGAUACAUCUUUAACUGUUUUCGAGAAUACAGCCUCUGUAGGGGUACAGGACAGCUUACCCACCUUGGCACCAAUUAUUGACUCGACUGCGAUCCCUGCAUCAAGAGCCAGCGCUACAGUGGCACCAGUAAUUUAUGUGGACAAUCAAAGCAAACAAGCACAAGGAUCUCCACCUCAGUCUGCCGCAGCUCUGUCAUCUUCACUGAGUAAUCAGCCUACGUUUUUGUUGUCUCCUGCACAACAAAACUUGAGUGCUGACGUGCCUCCCACAUCAGUCCCAAGCAGUGGUGAAAACACACAACCUCUGACUCUCUUAGUAACUCCUCAGUCUUCCACAGAUGCUAACACCGCUGCAUCAGUAACGUGUUCCACAGGUACAUUAUCCACAAUGUCAAAAUCUGGUAUACCAGAUACUGCUGCAUCCAGUUUUGUGAGCAGCGAUAUCGAUACUUCUAGCAAAGUUUCAACUGAUUCCAAUAACAUAGUUUCUCUGAAGAUUAUCAUCAGCGAUAACCCGGAUGAGGAGUCUUCAAGUGAUAAAGCUCUGAAUCAAGCUAUUUCCAAUAUUCCUACAGAGAAGAUACCCACAAUCUACCUUUCCUCUCCGGCCAAAUCUCCUCGAGGAUCCGGCACACCAAGAGGCAUAAAUUUGGACGAAACAGCACUUGCGGUGUGUGGCUUACAAAGCUCGGAAGCUUUAGCUAAUUCGCCCUGUAAAGCCGGAGCACUACUUCCGUCUCAUCAAUUAGCGGCGACUACUCAAGCUCAGCAAAGCUAUAUUAUUCAGCUACCAUUGGACACUGCUAACCCUGCCCUCCAAGGAAACACUACUAGCUAUUUACUCAUGACUGAAUCACUGACAGCAGAUGCUGCGGCCAGACAGUCGCAAGCGCCUACAGUUUUCUCAAAAGGACCACUUAUGCCCAAAACUAACCAGUAUAGUGUGACUGCAGCAACUCCGCCACAAGGUUUUGUCACUGGGUCAGCACUCAUCCUACCAUCUCCUGUUAAACCCAUGAUGCUCCCUAUGACUAUUAUGGGACAGAAUGGUAUUGGAAAGGUCCAAAUGAUGGCCAAUCAGCUUGUCGGAAUACCAACCUCUGUGCCAAUGCAGCAAACUGCAACCGUCGAGCCCAAUGCCUCAACAGUUACAGUCAAACAGUCCGCAAAUGGUGAUACUUUGCACAAUACGGUGGGACAGAACCUGCAGAAUGAGAUGAAGGAUGCCACUGCCAGUCAUAAGAGAAUUUUAUGUUUUGAGUCGCCGACGGACGUUCAACCACCAACUUCAAACCCAGGAACAAAGACCACCACACCUUCAAUUUCAAACACACUGACUUCACAAAAUACCACUCAUACUCAGAAAGGCCAUUCUCCUGCAGCCCCUCGAACGAGGCCUGCUAUCCUGGGUGGCAAUAAGCCCAAACGGAAGGUGGAGACCAUCAGGUGUUCAGGAGAUCACCAAGCUAGCGGGAACUUGGUUAUGCCUAUAUUUCCACAACGUCAAGAGAACAAUGUCAAAAAGAACUCAACAAUCCUCAAUCAAGAAAGUCAAACUACAAGUGGAAACGGGGUUGGUUUGUCACAGCCUGAUUCUGUGAAAAAUUCAGAACCAGGAUGUAGAUCCAAACCUAUAGCUGGAAGAUAUAGCCUUAAUAAGGAUGGAGACCAAAUUAAGGAUUCUGGUACCUCUAAAUCAUUGUCGUCUGUUUCUGAACUACAGUGUAUAAUCAGUAAAGAAACAGAGGAAAGCAGCAGGAAAGAGCCUGAAGAAGAACAUAUCGAGAAGAAGACUCUUCCUCAGGACAAACCAAAAGUGACGGCCAACAAGGAAAAUGAAGUUAUCGGUACGUCACAAGAGCAUCUGUCAACACCUUCUUCUUCAGGAACAUCAGAGUUAGGUCCUCCGGCUAUUACACCAUCCAAGUCUGCCAAAAUUCCCUCAAAGACAAAGUCUUUGGCCAAACAGGCGGCUGAGAUGCUGCAGAACAUUCAGGGGCUCAGCUCUCCUCACAGACCAGGUAAGAAGUCUGCCACCAGCAUCCCAGACCUCACUGGUCUCCGAACCCAAGGGACCGGUAAUAACCAGGAAGAGUCUAUUGAUUGUCCGAGGACUCCUUUGCAACAGAAAAAGGGUAAAGAUACAGAGGGGACACCUAAGAACGUUCUUCCCCAUAACACCCCAGAUGUCCCCACAUGCAGCCCAGCCAGUGAGGCCGGGAGUGAAAACAGCAUCAAUAUGGCCGCUCACACGCUCAUGAUCCUGUCGCGUGCCGCUAUUGCUAGAACUGGCACUCCACUCAAAGACAGUUUGCGUCAGGAGGAAGCGGGAGAGAAGUCUCCCCCUAGUUUGAAGAAUUCAAAGAAGCGCAAACAGUCGCCUUCUACUGCCAGCCCCCCAGUGAAGAAAGCAACAAAACAAUCUCCUGAUAAAAAGAAAGACCGGCAAAGAAAAAAACUCAUAAAUUGCUUCCCCCAUGACUUGGAUGUGGACAAGUUCCUUUCUUCACUUCACUACGAUGAAUGAAAGUGGACUUGGGCUGUUGUGUCAUGAUGACCUCCUUGGGUUACUUUCCCGGAAUAGAACGAGCCAUCUGCUGACCCUGUACCCAUGGCCAAUUUUCAUAACAAGACCUCAGACCUUGUAACAUGCAAAAAACCUGCUUGGACUAAUGAGAUUUUCAUUUGAUCAAUUAGUUUACAGCGUGAAUGAUUAGAUGUUGCAACAUUCAAGCAAACAUGUCACUUUUUUCUGCCCUUCUGCUCCUGUAUAAUUAUAAUAUAAUUAAGAUUUAAAUGUUAAUUAUUAUGAUCAGUGGCUAGUUCCGCUGUAGACUGCAUAUUCUUAGGGUUUGUGGGUCAGCAUUUCUUUUGGUCAAUAUUUGACUCCAGGUUGUUUAAACCAGCUAUACAAACUCUGCUAUACAUAUUGGUAUGUAAAAGAAAAAACAAACGUUUUGUAAUACAGUACGUCUGUGUCAAUAAAUGUAGCCUAUGUUUAAAGA